UCGUCAUAAUUGUUGGUAGUAAGCAGAUAUUGUUGAUUUUUAACUGAAAGCGCGUUGUUUCCUUUGAAAUAAUAUGGAAGAACUUUUAAUUGAGAGUGUCAGAGAAUACCCAUUUUUGUAUGAUGCAUCCGACUCAAGUUAUCAUGAUAAUAAGAAAAGGGACAAUGCAUGGGUACAAAUAUCAGAAAAUUUUGAUCAAUGGACAGCUGAUGACUGUAGGAAGAAAUGGAUAUCCCUUCGAGAUAGCUUCAGAAAAGCAUAUCGAAAACGGAGGACUACCAGUGGACAAGCGGCUAAACAAAUCCGGCCGUGGAAAUUCGAAACAGUAAUGUCAUUUAUAAUUCCGCAUAUUGCAGAAAGAAAUCAAACCUCUAAUUUGGCACGUGACUCCGAAAGUAGCAAUACCUCCUAUACUGAUGCUGAUAUUAAAGUUGAAGUUGACAAUCUAGAAAUAGAUAGCGUACGCGAACCUAUAGAAUACGAUGAAACGGUUGAAAAAUCACAGCAAGUAAAUGAUGAUGAUGUAAUUUCAAAUCGUAACACUUCACAUAAAGUAACUACUGCUGCAAACAAGAAAAAAAAUUCUGCAGUAAAGAAUGUUGCUGUGCCAUUACACUCUCCUCCUCCAGUCGCACAAGUUCUUCAAGAGUAUCAUCUUCAGGCAAGGAAAAACAAAACAGAAACCAUUGCCAUCGAAAAAAGUGAUGCGUUAUGUUCUUUUUUUAAAGCAAUGGAACAAACGGUGAGAACAUUUUCCUUACCACUACAAAUAGAAAUUAAAGGAAAAAUUUCAAGCCUUGUAACUGAGUAUGAGUUAAGAAACUACAACUUACAAAAUGUUACAUCAACAUCUUCGUGUUCGUCCAACAGACCUGCCACAAAUGCCUCAAAUAUUGCAUGUCCUACGAUACCUACUCCUUCUUCUUCUUCUUUCUCUUAACCUUCUAUCGUCCACGUUUGGACAUAGGCCUCUCCCAGCUCCUUCCACUUGUCUCUAUCCUGAGCAACAUAUUUCCAUUUUGUUCCGGCUACUCUUUUAAUAUCACAACCCACCUCAUCUCUGGUCUUCCUCUCGGUCGUUUACUUGGUAAGGUCUCCAAUGUUGUACUGUUGCAUUCCAACGUUGGUCUUUUUGUCUAGCAGUGUGGCCUGCAAAAGUUUGGCAACUUUUGUUGUUAUGUCCUCGACUUUUGUUUUUGAUCUUAUCCAGUCGUUCCUCUUUUUAUCUGACAGUCGUAUACCUAACAUUCCUCUUUCCAUUGCUCUUUCUGUUGUGGCUAGUUUAUUUAUAUUUGCCUUGGUUAGGGUCCAAGUUUGACAUCCAUAUGUCAUGAUAGGAAGGAUGCACUGGUUGAACACUUUGCUCCUCAAGUAUUGGCGUGUUUUGCGGUUCUUAAGUAUCCAACUAAGUUUUCCAAAUUCUGCCCAUGCUAGUCUUGCUCUCCUAGUAAUUUCCGCACUUUGGUUCUCUUUGUCAAGUUUCAGGAUUUGGCCUAGGUAGAUAUAUUCCUGGACUUUUUCUAUCUCACUGGCAUUUAUAGUUAUACAUCUGGGAUCAUCUGUGUUUGUCAUUAUUUUUGUUUUUCUCAUGUACAUUUUCAGGCCGACGUAUUGGGAGCUGCCUGCGAGUUCCUCCAUCAUAAUUUGCAGUUCCUCGAAUAAGCUCGCUAUAAUCACAAUGUUGUCAGCGUCACUACUCCACAUUAUACCUACUCCUUCACAAUUCCUACUCCACAUUACCGUUAUCAACAACCAUACCAAGCUUGUACCAACGAAUAUCCACCACCAAGUUCUCUCAACACACACCAGCCCUCCAAUGCACCUAGUGGAUCCGGAUCAAAACCUAAUACUCCACCUACUCCACAUUACCGUUAUCAACUUCUUCUUCUUAAAGUGCCUAUCCGUUCCGGAUGUUGGCGAUCAUCAUGGCUAUCUUGACUUUGUUGACCGCAGCGCGGAACACUUCAGUGGUAGUGGUGUUAUACCACUUUCGUAAAUUUUGAAGCCAGGAAAUGCGUCUUCUUCCCGGUCCUCUUUAGCAUUUACCUUCCCUUGGAGAAUCAGUUGGAGAAACCGUAACGUUCUUGAUUUCUCAUUACGUGUCCUAGAUAUUUUAUUUUAUUUUUGUUUUGAUGGUUAUGAGAAUUUCACACUCUUUCCCCAUUCUACGCAGGACUUCCACAUUAGUAAUUCGGUCAACCCAGGAUAUACGUAAGAUGCGCCUAUAACACCACAUUUCGAAAGCUUCGAGCCGAUUCAUAGAUGCAACAGUUAGUGUCCAUGCUUCCAUUCCGUAGAGCACAAAUGUGAAUAUGUAGCAUUUCAACAGACGGUAUUUUGUUUUUAAUGAUAUGUCUCGACUGUUGAAAUUGGGUCUAUGCUGCUUUCGCUUUUAUUAUUCGCUGUUUAAUUUCUGUCGAGUGGUCCCAUUGGCUAUUUAAAUUCGUACCCAGAUAUGUAUAUUGCUCAACCCUUUCGAUAUUCUGUUGGUUGACUGUAAGUUAAGCGUUUAAUAUUGGUUAUUUAAUAAUUGUCAUAAAUUUGGCCUUCUUUAUGUUAAGAGCUAGUCCAUAUCUGUUGCUGACUUCUGUUAUACGAUUUGUUGAAAACUAUGGUGUCAUUUGCAUAUCUAAUGUUAUUCAACCAUUCACCAUUUAUUAAUACUCCAUUCUCACAACCGUCUAAAGCUUCCUUAAAUAUCCAUUCAGAGUAAAUAUUGAAUAUUAGUGGGGAUAAAAUACAGCCCUGUCGUACUCCUCGUUCUAUUGCAAUUUUAUCAGUUAACUAGUCUUCUAUUUUGAUUUUUGCCGUUUGAUUGUAAUAAAUGUUUCUGAUAAUUCUUAGAUCUUUGUUGUCAAUUCCAAUUUCUUGCAUUAGAGUUAAUAAUUUGUCAUGUUUUACUCUGUCAAAUGCUUUCUGGUAAUCUAUAAAGCAUACGUAUAUAUCGCAAUUUACAUCCCUGCAUCUCUGAAAUAGCACUUGCACAGCAAAAGGGGCCUCCCGUGUUCCCAGAGCAUCACGAAAUCCGAAUUGUGUUCUUGUUAGUUUUGUUCCUCGCGCUUUUUAUAUAUUCGUUUGUGAAUGACCUUUAGAAAUGUUUUAAGUAAAUGGCUCAUAAGGCUUAUAAUUCUAUAGUCUUCGCACUUUCUCGCAUUGGGUUUUUUGGAAGAUUUAUAAAAGUUGAUUCUAGCCAUUUUUGGGGAAUUAUGCCUGUGUCAUAUCUUUUGUUAAAUAUAUUUGUCAACCACUUUAUGCCGUCGUAGUCCAUAAGUUUUAAGAAUUCGGAAUGAAAAUGAUCAGGGCCUACUGCUUUACCAUCUUUGGUACUUUUGAUGGCAUACGUUACUUUUUCAACUGUGAGUGCAGGUAAAUUUUCGCAAUUGGUGUUUGUUGUGAUGCCAGUGUUACUUCGUAUAUCUUGAAAAGUUUUUUCCACGUAUUUAAUCCAAAUAUCCCUUUUCUGUUCUAUUUCCAAUACUAUGUUUCCCUGAUUAUCUGUCAGAAAUCCAGUGUUCUUGUAUUUAUAUAAGCCUGCAUCUUCUUUGAUCUUUUUAUGGAGGUUAAACGAAUCAUGUUUUUGUUGUAAUAACUCUUUCUCUGUACAUUUCGAGCUUGACCAAUUUUAUUUUACUAUUUUAAUAGCCCUAUUAAUUUCGUUAUUUAUUUUGUUGUAGUUAUUCUUAUUAUCUCUAGCUUUUCUUCUGUCUUCCAUCAUACAUAGAAUUUCCUCUGUCAUCCAUUCUUUUUUCUUUGUUCUUUCAGGUCUUCAGUAUUUCUCUGAUAUAUCUUGACUUACUUUGUGUAUCUUUUCUAGUUCCAACUCUGUGUUAUCUAUUUCUGUAUGAACCCACGUUUUUUCUUUUAAGCGUUUUUGUACAUUUUCUUUUACUGUUUUAUUUUUCAGUUGAUUAAUAUCGUAUUUCCGAAUUUUUGGUCUUUGAAUUUUCUUUAAACUCGUUAUCUAAUAUAUACUUAAAACCGUUAUCAACAACCAUACCCAGUCUGUAGCAACGAAUAUCUACCACCAAGUUCUCUCAACAUACAACAGCCCUACAAUGUACCUAGUGGAUCCGGAUCAGAACAGCUUCAUAACAUUGAUAAGCCUUGGAACAAUAUAGUGUAAACAUUUUGUUUAAAAGACUUGGGCAUAAAUAAAUACUGUUUUUUAAGGUUAUAUUUCGUUCACACAAUAAAUAAUAAAAAAGUU